UAUGUUUCGCUAUUUUUAUUGUUGUUUUAAUAAAAUGUACAAGUUAUCCUAAUAAAUACACUUUAAUACUGACUUAAAUUGUUCACAUUGACAUUUUUGUACUGACCAUGAAUAGCCUAUCUCUAAGAAUAAUAAGAGGUGGAACAAAGAAAUCUAAAAAUUCAUUUGGAUUCUCGUUACUUAAAAUUCAAGAAUAUGAAGUUUCAGGUAUUAAUGCAGAAUUGUAUGAAUCCUUCAACAAUUCAAAAAGUCCUGAUGAACAGUUACACAUAUUAAAAAAUACUUUGGAAAAUAGUAAAUAUGUAUCAGACUUGUCCUUAAUUGAGUUCCUUGUUGUUGUAUUUCUGCUGGCUGCAGCUAAACAUCCAAUAAAAUGUUUCAUAACAAGGCACAUCACUAAGAACAUAAAUUUACAACAGCCUUUCUCAGACACACUAGCAAGUCAUAUAGCACAGUAUGUAGCAAAAAGACCUAAGUCAUACACUGAGUAUGUGUGUGUAGCAAUGAAAGUAGCCACAUGCAUUGAAAAUUUUCCACCUGGAUCAAAUGCUGUAAGAGCUGUUGAAGUAAGCUUAACUGAGUAUUUAGUGACUUGUUUGGAGUGUUGUAUUAAGACAUUAAGAGAUGAACAAGCAUUGUCACCAACAGAAAAGAAUGAAAUAUUCAACUUAGCUCAUUUAGCUGUAAGAUUACUCCUAUAUAUUAUACAGAAAAUCAAUGAAAAAAAUACUGAGAACAUCAUGUGUAUGUUUAUUGCUAUAAGGUUGUGUAUUAAAGAGUUAAUGUUUGAUGAUGAUGUUCCAAUGGAUACAAAAUCUGUGUCAGGAAUACUAUUUUUGUACAUGCAUGUAAUUGAGAAUGGACCUGAUUCAUGGUUAGAUUUAUUUGCUUCCCCAACCGACGACCUUCUUACAUUGUUAAGAAAUGAAGCGGCACAGUUGGCCCUAUAUUCUGCAAUACCGACAGUAGUAACAAUGGAGAGUUUGCAGUCUCAAACUGUCGCAGGCAAGUCAAUUGUUAUUGUAUUGACUCAAAACAUUGUGGCUAUUGGAGAAAGGAAUCCUUCAGAGUCCACAUUAAGCCUAGGUGUUACGCGAACAAUAUUACAAAUCAGUAAAAGUAUAGAGCGGUCCGGCGACGAAGAUGUGUGUUCAGGGCUUGUUGCUGUUCUAUUGGAUUUUGUGUGGCCUCAUUUAGACCAUCACAUGGACAGUGUGAGACAUUUGACUGCACAAACACUGACCAAUGUCGUUAGAUAUUGUACAAAGUUACAAAAUCAAGGUAACAACAAACCCUUAGACUGGGUUUACACCGCCUUGUCAUCGCUAGACAAAGGUCGCAAAAGUUACUACGUGAGCGUGACGUCACUAGUCAUCUGUCUAGGAGCUAGGAACUUCAUAAGACAGUUUCCAGUAGUCAUCUGUGAUCUUGUUGCAGCAUUACAUGUUCAACCAGUUCAAGCUAGUGCAACAACAGCUCUUGAGACAUUAUUGCAGAAUCAUGCGCCACAAGCAAGCACACAGUGCAUUUACGAACAGUGGAUAUUACCUAUACUGUCGCAUGUUGCCAAUAGUACCCCAGACUCAACUAUACUCAACAUACUCGAGAACAUAUUGGCUAAGGCUUUGUCGCUUGAUGAGAACCUCAUAAGUUAUAUUUUGCCGCAUAUUAAACAAUCGUGCGAGUCUCCUCACAAGGACAUCAGAUGUGUGCUCAUGCUAGUUAAUGUGGUGCAGAGGUCCAACCUUUCUGCUCUGCAGAUAGAAGAAGAGGAUGAAGAGGAGUGGGGAGGGCUUAUCCGAUAUGAUGUACUUGAGGCAGCUGCUGUUGAUGCAGUUGAUGAAACGCGUGUACUAGUGCUGGCGUUGGCAGUGCAAGGGAGGCGGUUGUCGUGCCCGCUGGCCGCUCGCCAGUUGCGUCUUGUGCUGCGGAUACUACACUACAGCGCUGCGCCUUCACCGCAUGCUCGCCAUCUCAUGCUGGGUCUACUCGGGAAGUUUAUAAAACGUUUAGAAGACAGUUUUACAGUACUAAAAAGACAAAAAGAUUCUUCAGACUCAAGAAAUAAGAUUAAUUAUUACUUGGACUUCAUCGAAGAGUUUAGACGUCAGUGCUUCUCAAAUUUGAUACGAGGCGCCAACUACAGCCGGCGAUUUGUAGCUCUACAGUUAUUGAGUUGGUGCGAGAAUGCCCAUUUGGAAGGCUACGAAAGAACGUGGACUGAGGAAUAUGUUGAGAAUUUAUUACUGCACUUAGAAGACAGUUACGAGAAUAAUAAAGCGCUGGCGUUAGACAUACUCGAUAAAUGUCCCAUACAACUGUUACAGCUAAAGACUUAUAGUGUCAGUCUAGAGUUAGAUGAUAUUCUAGCGCAGGCGUCAUGCAUGAAACCGACAGAAUGUGUCUCGGCUGCUUACAAACUCGAUCUACUGGUGAAAAAGCUACCGGGUCGGAUAUUACAGGGAAAAUCAUGUUCAGCCGCAGAGCCUGUAAUCUACGUGCUGGUGGAGCGUAUGGUGCGGGAUUUGCGCGCGCAACUGCGGACUGCAGUACGCAGCGUGGUCCGCGCCGCUCGUGCUGCGCCCCUGCACGGUCUGCUGCACUGUCUCCGAAGCACCCUCCACUCGGUGAACACGCGAGCUAUAUCUGAAGACAAAUGCUGGACAUCGCUGAUAAGCCAGCUGAUUGAUACGUGUAUUGAGGUGACAGACGCGGUUGCAUGCGUGGUGAACAACUCCUCGCCUGAAGGUCACCUGCCGAUGGAUGCAUCAGGAGUCUCCGUUACCGACACUGGGAACUCUGGUGGCGUAGUGCUAGAGGAUGGUCGUCCCGUUACAGCUCAAAUGGUCCUACUCUGUGCAUGGAGAUCCGUCAAAGAGGUUUCGCUCUUAUUGGGUACAAUAUCAUCCCGGCUGACGGUGGAAGGCGAGUGCAACGGCAGCGGUUCGCUCUCAGUCAAGCAGAUGCAAGCGCUUGGCGAUCAUUUCACUUCUCUACUGACGCAUACCAAGCACAGGGGAGCAUUUGAACAGGCUUACGUGGGUUUCACGAGACUACUAUCCAGACUGUGGCGUUGUCGCGGGCCGCGACUGCACGGGCUGCCGGCGGAGUGGCUGCGGGCCCUGCUGCGGUCACUGGCGGCCGCACCGGGCGGCGCGAGGUGUGCCACGCGGCGCAGCGCCGGGCUACCGUUCACGAUACAAGCAAUAGUAACAACGGAAAUAGAAGUGCAAGGCAACCCAAAAUGCUUUCAUCAGUGCAUGAAAACAUUACUGCGUCUCGCGUGCCCACCGUCACUUUCAUAUAAAUAUAGAGAUAUCUAUACAACGAAGCUACAGGAUGGAACAAGUAAUCAUAUUGACAGUGAAGAAAUGGUAGAUAUAAUUCCUGACGAUGUACCCGUGGAGACAAGAACACAUAGUUUGAAUAUUCUGCGCGCAUUGUACCGUAAUUCAGCACUAGAAGAGAGCGUCAGUUCGUACGUGGGCACAGGAUUUAUUGUAGCGCUGUCUGGAUUUGAUGGUGAUACAUGGGCGGAACGCAAUUCGUCGACGCUGGCAUUGAGCGCGCUAGUUUCGCGCGUGUUCGGUGUUGCGCCGGCGGAAACAUCAACACCGGUCGAUCGACAUCGCUCUAACACUAUGACGGGACGCAUCUUCUUUCUCCGAUACCCCCGACUCUACGACUUCAUGUUGGAGAAAUUAAAAGAGGCGAGCACAGACAAAGAUAAUCAACUCCGGCCGUGUCUUUACCCAAUACUGUUGGUUCUGGCGCGGCUGUACCCGUCGUCUCUAGAAGGCACGGUCUCCACACUGAAGCUGGUCGCGUUUGUACCGCACGUGCUCGCGUGUGCCAGGAGUAGUGUGCUGAAAGUUCGACAACUGGCCGCUAAAGCGAUGGUGCCACUUAUAUCGCCUGAACAAUACAUUCCGCAUCUGGAAAUGACACUUACUAUAAUAAGAGACGUCAAUAUAAAACGAAACUACUGUCAUGGAAUAUUACUGCAAUUGGUUAAACUGUUCGCCUCUAAACCGGAACGUCUGUGUGAUAUGCAGACUAUUCCACUCUCGCAUCUCUUACCUAAGACUCUUUGGAUAUUAGAACAAGCUGUGAUAGAUAAACCUUGUUACUUAUUGGCUGAUGAGUAUGUGAAAAUGGUCAAUCUGAUAUUGUGGCGGUUCCCCACAUUACUCCAGAUAGAUAUAAUAUCCAAAAUUGAGAAUUAUCUAGAACAACUAUUAUUCUACAAACAAGCGCCCAAUAUCGACUCUGGAAGAGAUAUAUGUUUAGCAAACACUCUAUACCUGUAUUUAAUUAUUUUACAUAAACAAAACGAUAAUAAAAUCCCAGAUGCAAUAUAUAAAGGCUUAUCACAUAAAUCCUAUGAAGUAGUAUUGUCCACGUUAAAUUAUUUGCUAAUUUCACACAAUAACAUUGAAAAUAAUUGUAAAUUCCAAGAGCAUUUAUAUUUGUUAGCAAAUGAAAAUAUAUUGCAUAAACUGAGAGAAAACCACACAUAUAUAGACAAAUUAUGUGAAGUGUACAAAAGUAACAAAUAUUUAGAAUGUAUACAGAAAACAUUGAAAGUGUUAACAUUAGAAAAUGACACGCAAAAACGUAUUAUAGAAAUUAAAACUAAUCUUACAAACAUAUCAGAUGUAUAUGCUAUAAGAAAAAUAAUAGAGUUUAUUCAAGAAGAGCACUAUAAUUUAAUACAUAUUUACUUGGAGUGUUUGUCGACAUUCAUAUCUAGGAGAGUAAAUGAUAGUAAUUUAAUGAAGGAAACUAUACUGACCGUAAUAAGGGUCAUAUACGAUUGUAGUUCAUCAGAUAACACAGAUGACACAAGGAGAGUUGUUGUAGAUUUCCUUGAGAAGAAUCUGAUAGAAUUAUUAAGCUUGAAAUUAGAGGGCAUGUGUGAUGAAGACAAAUUUGAAUAUAAAGCAACACUAUUAGCAACAAUAGUAACGGUCCUCGAAGACGACAACGAAUCGCUACGACAACGUACAUCAAACGCAGUGAUGAAGUUAGUGAAUAACGAUAGUAUUACUACCUCAGUGAUUCCUAGUAAAGCUGCGGAGAUGUUAAGAGAUUAUAUAGAAGAGUUCACUGAUCACAAUACAGCUAUAUUCCUUGUGCUAGCUCUCUUGGAUUUUAAAUCUGAAGUGUGUCUAACUGAUGAAAUUACAGACGAGUGCCGUGUUUUCGAUCAAAAUGAGAGGUACAAUAUAUUUUUAGAAGAAACCAUCUUGACUAGUGAGUGUGGUGAUAAAAUUUUAGGCCUGUGUGAUAAAUUGAGUUCCAAUAUAAUAGAGUACAUAUUGAAUAUCUUAGAUAAUAAUAUGUAUAAAAGAACUUUCGAGAAUUUAUGUUUUAAUCAUAUAGUUACUUUAAGAAAAAUUAUCAAAGGUGAGAUAGUGUCUAACAAUAAUAUUAUGAACCCUAAAAUAGAACUUCUUAUAAAUAAAUUAACUAAAUGAAUAUUUUUACAAUGAGAACAAAAUAAUGAAAAUUUACAAUACAAAUGAAAAAUAAAAUAAAAAAUCGUUAAAAAAUUUCAAGAUUUAUUUACUAACACUCACUCAUCUGUUCAUAAUCUUGCAACAAAGAAAGCAUUAAUAAUAUAGAAUAUGAGACUUUAUAUACAUCACUUUUAAAGUUUAUUCUCACAUUUAUACAAAUUGUAUAUCUUGUAAUAACAACCCCUGUUUUGGAAAUUAAACAAUGUGUAAGAAAUUAUAAAUAUUAAUAUAUUUUAGAUGUUGUGUUUUUAUAACAAUAGCUAUAUAUUACAGAAAUCUACUAGUAUGUACUACUUCAA